UCGCUCACCUGCAUCUACCAGUUUUACGUUUCAGUAUGUUUCACGUUUAAAACUCGUUAACAUACUCCGUUCUUAUUAUUUUUCUACUUUCAUAAACAACUAUACGAAAUUCCUCCAUGGCUAAAUUCAAGAAGAUCUUCUCCUUCAUCCUAAGGCUUCUGUCCUUGGCUGCCACUGUGGUUGCUAUUGUUGUCAUGGUCAGGAGCCGCGACUCCACUCAAGUGUUAAACUUAACUUUCACUGCAAAAUACAGCAACACACCCGCGUUCAAGUAUUUCGUGAUCGCAGAAGCAAUUGCAAGUGUUUAUACCAUUAUAGUUAUCUUGCUGAUCCUCUGCUCUGAAAGUCUUCUUGGACGCUUAAUUGUCAUUCUUGACAUGGUAAUAACAGUGCUGCUCAGCACAAGCAUAACGGCUGCCUUGGCAAUAGCUCAAGUGGGAAAGAAAGGGAACAGCCAUGCUGGUUGGCUACCUAUAUGUGGACAAGUUCCCAAAUUUUGUGACCAAGUCACUGUAUCUCUUAUUUGUGGUUUUGUUGCUGCUGUUUUUUACUUUGUGCUUCUUCUCAUAUCCCUUCAUGCGGUUCUCAGUCCAAUUUUUGCUGUAAAGCCUUAGAUGUAGAUCCCAGUAAUCAUGUUAAUUACCAAAGCUCCUGUCCUUCGUUCUCUUCUUAAUUGUCAGUGCUUAAUGUCUCUUUAGUGAUCACUAUCAUUAAGUUUAUGAUUAUAUAUUGUACAAUUUUGAGGUAAACUAUUAUGUACUCUCACUUUAAGUUUAUUAUAUGAGUGUGUGUCUGAGAUAGAA